GGCCGCGGGGCAGCAACGUCGCUGGGCAGCAGAGCAGCAGCCGCGCCAUGUGGCUGCUGGGGCCGCUGUGCCUGCUGCUGAGCAGCACCGCGGAGAGUCAGCUGCUCCCUGGGAACAACUUCACCAACGAGUGCAACAUCCCAGGUAACUUCAUGUGCAGCAACGGGCGGUGCAUCCCGGGUGCCUGGCAGUGUGAUGGGCUGCCUGACUGCUUCGACAAGAGUGACGAGAAGGAAUGCCCCAAAGCAAAAUCGAAAUGUGGCCCGACCUUCUUCCCCUGUGCCAGCGGCAUCCACUGCAUCAUCGGCCGCUUCCGCUGCAAUGGCUUUGAGGACUGCCCGGAUGGCAGCGAUGAGGAGAACUGCACAGCGAACCCCCUGCUCUGUUCCACGGCCCGCUACCACUGCAGGAAUGGCCUGUGCAUUGACAAGAGCUUCAUCUGCGACGGGCAGAACAACUGUCAGGACAACAGUGACGAGGAGAGCUGUGAGAGUUCUCUAGGUCUGAGCACUUACACCAUGCCAGGCACCCAAGUGUUGGGUGCUUCUUGUGACCAUGCCCUGUGCCCCUCGCUGCUGCUGGCUAGGAGCCGCUGUGGCUACACUGUGCUGUCGCAUCACUGCAGUAGGAGAGCAAGUCGGCCCCACACCACUCCUGGGAACUGA